UACAUGUACAAAAGCAAGAAAAAAUUGUGAGUGGAAUAAUUGUUUUAUUAAAAAUGCCCCCUAAAAAUAUUUAAUAUAGAAAACUAACAUGAGGUAAAGAUAAUUUUGCUACCAAAAAUAAUGUGUACUCAUACCAUAUUUAAAGAGCAUGAUAGAAUGGCUCGUUUACCAUGAUGGCUAAACCAGUGAAAAUUAUCGAAUUGCAUCAUUCAAUGAUCCAGUUUUUAAUAAUAUUUAGUAGUUAUAACAGUUCUCAGAAGCUCAUCGUGUUUACACUAGAGAAUAUUAACUGUGUGAAUAGAAGUCGUUGGUAAAUAAUGUGUUGGGCUGCAUCUGGGUCAAGAGACAUCUACUUGAUUAUCACCCCCUAUAACUGAUAAAUGUAAAUAAUUUAAGAACUGUAGGGAAUAUGAGAGAGGCUGAUGUUUUGAGUGCUAGACUUUUCUUGGAGCAAAAAUGUAUUUACUACCUUAUAUAAUUAAUUAGGUUAUUAAUUACACAGAGAUUUGCAAUAAGUUUGUGCCCAUAGUCACUGCCCCGACUUAUUAUAAAAAACUCAACUUUUUGGGAGUAGGUUAGCUGCAGGAUAAUCAAUAUAUGAGACAUUUGUACACUGUAUAUCAAUUUUACUGUACAAAUGUAACAUAAAAAUUUGUUACAUGUAUAUGUGAAAGUUGACUGAGGAACACCUUGUUUUGGUGAAAAACAUCUGGUUACUGGUAUAUAGGAACUGAUUACGUACAAUAAAACAAAUCAAAUAUACCAGUAUGGAUAAAAAUGUUUGUACAAUCAAGAAAAUUAUUCCUCUGAAACUUCUUUAAAUAGAAUUUCUGUUGUUCCAGAAAAUGUCCAUGCCAUAACCUCACUUGAAGGUUUUGUUUGGUCCAGAAAUAUCCAGUUUAGCUUCAAAAUUGUCUAAAAUAAACUUUGGCUUAUGAACACCUACAUCCCUCCUGUUGGGAAUUUUGUGGGUAUGGAUAUUUUUUAGUGGCAAAGUGUUUAGCCUGCGAACACAGAUGGAUUUCUGGCUUUUGUCUCAUGCCACCCAAAAAUACAAAAGCUGGAAAUCAGUCUGUGCUUACAGGCUAUAAUCUAUUAACCUUAAGAGAUGAUUAUGGGGUGAAUUUCAGCUGGGGCCAGGUUAGGGGAAUAAGAUUUCAGCAUGGGUUCCAAAACAAAUUCAUGUAAUAUCUUAACAAUAUUCUACCCCUUUUGCUGGGCAGCAAAAAAAUGGUGAAAUGGCACAGUGGUUAGCCUAAGUAGGACUUUGGUCAGCCUAAAUAUCACUGACUCAACAGUGGUUAGCGUUCAAUAAUUUUAAGGGUAACCCUCUCAGACACCCGUCUGACCUGAUUUGUCAUUUCCUCAUUUUGCCAUUUCGUGUUUUAAACACAACCUAAUAUUAUUGCCAUACUGAUCACACAAGUCUAUGAAAAAUCAUGUUGUAGUCUUUGACUGGCUGUUAAUUAAAAGCAAGUAACCGUCAAAAUCCCUACUGGAUACCUUAAAAUGGUCAAAUUGAAAACAUGUCCAAGAUGCUUCAGUCUUUCAAAAUUUUCGUUGGGGACGAUAUUGUUUCCAAGCCCCCUCAGGGAGGAAGCAGCUACCUGAACUUGAUAGCUCAGUAACCAAUGGCGAAUCUAGGGGAGGGGCUUGGGGGCCCCAGGGACCCCCUUAUUUCAGGUAAAAGAAGGAAGAAAUCCCGGAAGGAAGAAAAGCCGGCAGGGAAAGCAAAAUAAAACCACCCCACCCCACCCCCCGUUAGCUCAAGGUCUGGAUCCGCCAUGGGUAACUAUGCAUUAAUUGUGUAGCAGAAAUUAUGUUAACUUUAAUUUUUGGAUGCCAAAUUAAAGUUGAAGUUUAAAAUGAAGUUCUAUUACAGUUAGGUGGGGAGGGGGUACACCCAGCGAAUUGUGAGAGGCAAAGCAACCUCGUCCCCAGAUCUCCUGAGGGCGCAACAACACAAGAGAUCUGGGAAUGAGAUUAAAAUUAGGAGGGAAAUAUAUGGGUGUGUAUAGACUACGAGUAGUCCCUCUUUCGCUUAGUCCGUCGUGUGUGACGCGAAAGAAAACCGCUAGAAAAAAAUGGCCGCGCGAAAUCCUCUGGACGAGAAGAACGACCGCGCGAGAUCCUGGGUGUAUAAGGCCAAUUCUGUAUGUAUGUUUGUGUUUGAUGCCUAAAGACAUUAAACCAACCUUCGUUUUUUGCCAUAAACUUCCUGUUAAGGUAACAAUUUAUGGAAUUUACCGUUUGUUUCCAUAAAUGGGAAAUAUUGACAUCUGAGGCUCUCCCCCGCGGGCAUGUCCCACGCAUCAAUCAAGAUGACUUCAUGACCAUGUGACAUGAACAUCCGCUAGAUCUGCAGACUACAAGAUGGUGGACAGGCUAGCUAACACAGAAGCUAAUGAGAGAAGGAUAAGAAAUGUUGAAAGUUGUUUUGGAGCUUCUGGGCAGCCGUUACUGGUCCCUGGAAGAGUUUUGGUUGGUGAAGGAGUUUUAACCAAACUGUGCCGUAAGAAGCCCAAGCCGCGGCAGUUCUUUUUGUUCAAUGACCUUCUUGUGUAUGGAAAUAUUGUCAUUAACAAGAAAAAGUACAACAAGCAGCAUCUUAUCCCACUGGAAGACAUCAAACUGCAAUCCUUGGAUGAUGAAGGAAAUUUAAAGAAUGGAUGGCAGAUCAUAAGUGCAAAGAAGUCUUUUGCAGUGUAUGCAGCCACAAGGACGGAAAAGGCAGAAUGGAUGGCACAUAUCAACAAGUGUAUACAAGACCUGUUGGCAAAGACGGGUAAGAAAGGUACGACUGAACAUGCUGCUGUUUGGGUUCCUGAUAGUGAGGCUUCAACAUGCAUGCACUGUCUAAAGAGCAAGUUUACAGCUCUAAACCGUAGGCAUCACUGUCGCAAGUGUGGAGGUGUGGUGUGCAGUAGUUGUUCAACAAAAAAAUUUCUACUACCCUCCCAGUCCACAAAACCGCUGCGAGUGUGUGACAACUGCUAUAAUGUUUUAUCAAGUGGCAAGGUUCAAUCUGAUCAAGAACCUAAGAGACACAACACUGUCCCCACUCCACCACAGAAGACAGACAAGGUGGGAGAUGACACGUCUUCAGGGGAGGACAACUCUGAUGAUGAGGAAACUGCUGUAGAGACUUCUGGCGUAUCAGAAUACCAAGUUCCUACCACGCCCACAUUUUACCAAGGUGACCAGGCUGCUCCUGUGGGGGAGGGAGGUGGAAAUACAACAGAACCUAUGGAAACAAAUUCUAAUGAAGUAUGAUGACAGAGUGAUGUGUUAAUAGAGCUACUUGAAAGGAUUUUAAGAGAAAGGAUUUUCACUGGGGAAAUUGAGGGCUUUUACAUGCCCUAAACAGUACAUUUUCAUGUUCAAAUUAUACACCCAUAUGUAAAAUCAGAGGAAAAGACUAAUCACAAGGCAUUGAGUUAUAUUUCAUUUUAUCAAUUAUGAAAGCUAGCAUUAGACUAGUAAUACCUUUUAUUGUUAUUGGUGGAAAUGAAGACUUGGCAUUUCAAGUUUCAAGGUUGCUAAUCCAAUUGCACAAUAACCAAAUCAAUCACUCAUCUUUUAGCGUACAGCCAGGACUGGCAUUCUUAGCCAAUCGAUGGCAUUCUCACAUCAGCCAAUCACUCUAAGGAUUGCUAGGUAAUAUUUUUAUGCUGAUAAGUAUUGAGCAGUCUAAGGAAUCUUGACAAGUAUAAGUAAGUGAUAAUUUGCAAGACCAUGUGACAGGGAUAGGUUGCGUUACAGAAAACACCAGAGGUCAUGCUUGGUAUGUAACUGACACUAUUUUUCUAGCAGUUUUAACAGAUACCAUUUGUUCACUGUUCCGGAGAAUUUCAAUAUAUGCUAACAGGGUUGAAUUUAAACUGUGACAUCAGCAGUGGUCUGUACAGUGAUUGACAUAGAAUGAAAGCUCUGUAAGAAAUAGUUUUUAUUCAAAUUCAAUUCAAUAGUACCAUAAUACUGGAAUAUAUUUUUGAGAAUAAAAUUAAUUAGAGAAAUAAUUAUUACAUUGCAUAGAUUUCCAGUUCUGUAAGCUUUCAUGAACAUUCGUUCAGAAAGUUGUCACCUCUAACAUGGCAUAAAACAAAUGUUGCCUAGUAACGUGUGACUAAUAUCACAGGUUGACCGAAUGCUUGGGCCCAGGACUUCAACCUAGGAAGGAAGUUGCUGUUGCCUAUCUGUUUAGCGAAUGGUUUUUAAAUUGAAUCUAAUGAAUCACCUGGUAUAUAAAUAUAAUAUUUUCAAAAUUCUCAAGUAUUUUGCGGAUGACUUAGCCCUUUUGUACUGGAAGUAAUGCAAUUUAGCAAUAACAAAUUGUAACAAAGUCAGUUUUGCAAAUAAAACUGCAUCUGAAUCAGCUGCAAACGAGAAAAGUUUUUUCUUA